AUGCCUCCUUUUGACAGUACUUGUCAGCAAAGCUUAACAAACAUGUUAUCUACAUUUGAAACCAUUAAUAUCCCUAUAGCCCAAGGGAAAACACAAGGGCCUUCACAGGUACUUGAAUUCAUGGGUAUUUUGCUAGACACUAUCAAAAUGCAAGCUCGACUCCCUGCUGACAAAAUUGAAAGGCUGCAUGCCAUUUUUGGGCAAUUUCAACAUAGAAAAUCUUGUACACUUAAAGAAUUGCAGUCGUUAAUAGGCACUUUAAAUUUUGCAUGUAAAGUCGUUCCUCCUGGGCGGCCCUUCUUACAACGCAUGGUUGCUCUAACAAGAAACGUAAAAAAGCAACAUCACCACAUUAAGCUUAAUUCCGGUUUCUUUCAAGAUCUUCAAAUGUGGAAAGAGUUUCUUCUUAACUGGAAUGGUGCAAAUUUCUUUCUGUCAUCUGAAUGGCACGAUUCCAAUACAUUAGACAUGCACACUGAUGCUUCUGGCACACUAGGUUUUGGGGGUAUUUUUGGUACAAAAUGGUUUCAAGGAAGGUGGAAACCUCAUCAAAAAUUAGGCCAACCUGGCAUUAGUAUAUCUUGGCAAGAGCUUUUUGCGAUAGUGGUUGCAUGCCAGACAGUGGCGUAG